AUGUUCACGGGUCAAGUAUCCUUAAUUGGAUUUCAUAUAGCUGAUAUAGCUAACGUUGAUGUAUUGUCUUUACCAGAAUUGGAGACUUUUCAUGUGCAUCCUGAAUGGGUCGUUGUUGAACGAAUACCGGAUAAAAAUUUACAACAGCCAUACACUACACUUAGUCAAGAUUCACGAGGAUUAACGGACGUUGACGCUCUCCAUGGAAUCGAUUUUGACGCCUGCGCGCUAGUCGCACCCGUUGUCGUAAGCAAAUCACAAUAA